AUGGCUGACUUCCCGCCACUCCCACUACCAGACUUCGUGAGUCCUAGAUUCCGUGCCACUAAUUAUUUGUUCAUUAAUACGUUUGCUGAACUCAUCGAGGCUCAAGAUGGAGAUUUUACACCUUACGAUGGUCGAUCGUUGGAUGGGCUUUCCGAUUCAUCAGAUCAAUCUGAUACUCAUCUUUUACCCGACACUUCUUUCUCAUCACAACCUGCUCCUGGAUUAUCACCCACAACGUCUACCAAUCGAAGUCGUGCCACAUCUGAUGCACUCGAAAGAAUCUUGGCCGCUCAAGCUCAGCAAUUAUCGGCCAUCGGACAAGAAUGGCAUGCUAAAUUUUCCAUUAAUCCUAUCACAUCAUCAUCUGAGAGAUCAAAGGAACAAGUCAACAAUGAGCCUCAACUUGAUCCAGCCUCUACGUCACUUUCUACUAGAGUGUUACCUAUCUCUGGGAUCUCUACAUCUGCUUCCAAUCACUCCAAACAAGAGAGAGAGAAAAGCUGGAUGGACGACACUGGAUGUUCAGUGGCCUCGCUUGCGAGCCACUCUUUGAGCUUCGAGGACAUCGUUGAGGUGAACGAUUUUAAGUUAAAAGGCAAAUUCGGAGAAUCAACAGGCGACUUAAAGGGCACGACACCAAUCACGCAAGUCGCACUCGAGAAAUGGGCUCAACUUCAAGAGCUUGAUCACCCAGUCUUUGGCGACAAAUCUAUUGUUUCGGAUUGGUUGAAGAACUUGGAUUCAUCCCAGAUCUAA